AUGCUAGUCAUAGCAGGGUGCACGGGAGACUUGAGCAAGAAAAAGAUAUUCCCUGCGAUAAAUAAAGUGUUCAGGAGAAGACUAAGCGAGUGCACAGGAGGAGCGUACGCAGAGACAGAGCUAAACCAGACGGAUGGAACCCUCAGCAGCUCCACAUCUGCGCACAACUUAAGCAAAUACAGCCCCAUUACCAUAGCAAACCCAGAGGAUCCUGUGAAUACGAAAAAGUAUGUAGAAGCAACAGCCAGUAGAAUACUGCACAGGAAGAUGAAGCAGGGAGACAUUCUCAAGAACAACGGGAUAAUAAUCCCAAGAAUCAUGGGGUAUGCAAGAAGCCAGCUGUCUACAGUAGAUUUUAUUAGAAGGAUAGACCCAAGCAUCGUUUAUUUAAAAGAAACAGUGGAGAAAAUAGAAUAUCACAGUGGUGAGUACGAUAAAAUAAUUGACAAGGUGUACGAACAGCUGGAAAUGAACUACAAAGAAGAGAAAGUGCUGGAUAGCGAGCUGUACAUAUACCUAGCAGUGCCGCCUGAGAUAUACCCCACUAUUUUAGGAGAGGUAAGAGAAAGAUUGCAGAGAAUAAGUGUGCAGGAGAGUGAGGAGAAAGGGCCCUCUGAUGUAGUACCCACUGUCCUAAUAGAAAAACCCGUUGGAACAUCUCUAGAAACAUUUCUGGAGCUAAAGGAGCCGCUGCAGAACAAUCCAGACAGAUUUUUGUGCAUAGAUCACUAUCUAUUUAAAAAUGUAAUAGUCAGGUACAAGGAGAUAUACAAUGCAAGUGUGCUCAAGGACAUGGUUGUUCCUGGAUAUGUAAAAGAAGUAAAAGGAUACUUUAAUGAGGUCAUAGGCGUAGAGGGAAGGGAAGGAUACUAUAACACGUCGGGAGCAUGCAGGGAUGUUCUUCAGAACCACCUCUUACUAUCAGUUGCCACCGUACUCGCAGGAAAUGGCAGCAGAAUGGAAAUACUCAAGAAAAUAGAGCCACUGAAGCCAGAGAACACUCUGUUCGGGGUGUACGCAGAAUAUGCAGAUGUCAUUAGGAAGUCAGGAGAGGUACCUUCUACUCUGCGAAGGUCUCUAAGCGAAACAUCCAUAAAUAGAGAAUUUGUCAAGCAAAGAUCAGCAGAUAAAGAAGAUGCACAGGAGCCGGUACUAGAUCCAUCGAUAAAAGAAACAUUCAUAAAAACAGAAACAGAAAUAUCUGAGCCAUGGAGCAUUCCGCUAAAAAUGACUGCAGGAAAAAGAAUGCCUGCUCAUUUUGUAGCAGUAAUACUCAUUCUAACAGAUGAAGCAAUCUUGAAGCUCGUAAAAGCAGAAACACAUCCGGCAGAUUAUGAAAAUACAAAGCUAACGGAAAAGAUAGAGAAAAUGCUGGGCAGCAAAGAAGAGCGCACAGAAAAGAGCGCACCAUAUGCUGCAGCAGAGCAGGGCAUAGAAACAGAAGAAAGCCAGGAGGAAACGGUCUCACCAGCCGAGAAAAAAACACAGCGUAAAAACAUCACGGGAAAAAUAAAAGUGAAAAUCACCCCAAAAGAGUCGAUAUCGAUUGAAAUAAAAUACAAAAACAAACUGGCCAAAAAGGUAAACAUACCAAUACCCAACACGGAAGACAACAUAGACGCAUACGAGCAUUUAUUCAAUCAGCUUAUAUUCCAAAAGGAAGUGCACGGGUUCUCGUCUCUUGCAGAAAUAGAAUCGCAGUGGAGGAUUGUAGACCCGAUUUUAGACCAUCCUGAAGUAACCCGAAUUCUCUACUAG